GUGUAUCAGUCAUACAGGCGUUCAUCACCUGUAGAGUAUAUAAAGUGCCUCCGUGCAGAUGAGAGGUCGUAUAAGGAAUCUACUGAACUUACCUGUUCAUCAUGAUGAAGCUGCUUCUUUCUCUGACUCUCAUCUGGGCGCUCUCCAGCACAGGUGAAGCACUUGUGUGUGAAACUUGUACGAAUGUUACCUGUUCAGCCACAGUACCAGUUCCAUGUCCCACAGAAACGAUGUGUAUCACAGCUUCCAUUCAAGCCGUUUCAUCUGGGACUCCUGGACAGCAAAUCUACAAGGCCUGUGCCCCCCCCUCCCUGUGUCCAGCCACAGGCUCUCAGACAUUUUCAGUGAACUUGGGUGUUUCCAGUGCACUUGCAAGUGCUACAUGCUGCAACACAGACAACUGCAACUCCAACACUCUGCCUUUCCCUGUGGUUCCAGCAGUUAACAGUCUACAGUGUCACGUUUGUAACCCCGUCACCUCUGAUUGCAACUCUUCAGUACAAUGUAAGGGAACAGAGGAUCGCUGCUUUCAAGCCAGUGUGACAAGUGUGGCAGGCACUGCUCAAGCUUUUGGCUGUGCAUCUACAAAUCUGUGUGCAGCUGCUGCCAGCCUGGGGUCACUGCCUUUCAUACAAGGUGUUGCUGCCAAUAUCAGUGGACCAGCCUGUUGUGAGACUAGUUUGUGUAACACCCUCACUACACCAACCACUGCCAGUGAUGCCUGUUUUGUCAGAAUGGGAAUGCUGCAUCUGCUGAUUGGACUCCUCAUUUUCAUCCUAUUUUAGAGUUCAGAACAAAAAUGGAUGAACCUUUGAAUCCACUGGAAGGACUCUGAGAGAACCUUCAGAAGUCUGGUCUUUGGUUUACUUGCUGCCAUCUUUGAUUGGUAGUCACAGAUUUUAUAAAAUACAUAUUUAGUCGACAGGGGAUAUGGUCUGGGUGAAGUUAAAGUGAGCUAAGUCAGCACCAAUGAUAUAGACAGAUGCACACAAAACUUUAAUUUAACUUUUAAUCAGUUUGUUAGCCUUAAUUUAAGUGACACAUAAAGAGUUUCACAGGAACAUAGUCACUGGGGAUUUCAAUUAUGAUACAAUUUGGGCUUUCACAUUAGAUUGAGUCACAAAAGAUGGAAAUGAUGUGUGUUAUUUCACAAAAGAAGAAAUAUGUACUGUGUUAGAUGUUGUAAUCAUUCAUUAAAACUACUAAAAAACAA